UGGCUGCUGGGCCUCCGCACAAGCCCGCUGCGCCUGUGGCCCUCUCCGGCCUUCGUGUGGUUCGACUGGGGGGCAGCUGAGCUGGCCGCCUUCUUCCCCAUCUCUCUCUGCUGCAGCAGGGCCACAGGCGGGCCAGCCUGCCCGCCCAUCACUGACUGGCAGCAGCAAGAGGUUCCUGAGCGGAAGCCAGCAAAAGCCAGCAGCAGGGGUCAUGUGCCAGGCAUGGCCUCUACUACCCUCCAGCUGCCUCCCCCUUCUUCUUCUGCUUGGAGCCAUUUGCUCCUCCGUGGGUUGUGGUGGGGCGGCUGCUGCUGCUGCUGCUGCUGCGGGUGGUGCCAUUGAGUUCAGCGAAGCAUCGGGCAAAGAUGAUCCCCAUCAUCAGGCGUGGCUGGGGGUGAGCAAACCGGUCCCAGCUGGAAGAAACAGGGAGUCCCCAGAGGGGAGGGGCCUUCAGCUCCCACCACCCCCAACCAUCAUCCCCACUGGGGCUGGGGAUGAUGGAUGGGGGUCGGAGUCCCGUAACGUCUGGGGACCCGCCGCGGAGGAGCAGCCUCCCAAAUGAGACUCAAUGCCCGGCUCGCCCGGCAGCAGGCAGAAGCUCAGCACGGUUGCCUAGAGAGCUGUCAUUUGUUCUGGAGUUUUCUGUAGUGGAACACGAUCUUUGUGAAAGCAUCCGAGGAUGAAAAUGGAGGAGCAAGACUUGGCAGCCUGUAUGCAGGGCGAAGCAUCACAAGGAAAAGCCCCUCCGGUCCUCCUCCAGGACACCCGAGGUCCCAAAGCCCAGGUGGACUUGGGGGAAGGAGGUAGCCCUGCUGAAUCAAUGCAUGCCCGAGGAUCGGUCAGAAGGGAAACGCCACUGCAGGUGAAGGAGGAACCAGCCGAAGAGGGACUGGCCUAUCACUGGGAAGCCCAGUGGCAGGAGUUCCUGAAGACAGUGGAGUGCCCCCCUCAUGCGGGGGGGCCUGAAAUCCCCCCACUGCCGGAGGAGCCCACGCCGUGGGGAGAUGCCAUGGCCUUUCUGGCCUCCUUUGAGCAAGUGGCUGAGGCCUGCCAGUGGCCCAGGGAUGAAUGGGUGGCUCGACUGCUGCCCGCUCUCAGGGGAGAAGCCAAGAUGGCCUUUAGCAUGCUGGAGGCCAGAGACCGAGAGGAUUAUGGGAAGGUGAAGGCAGCCAUCUUGCGGGGAGAUGCCCUGAGCCGGGAGAAGAGUCGCCGGCACUUCAGGCAUUUCUGCUACCUGGAGGCCAAGGGGCCAAGGGCAGUUUACGGCCAGCUGCAGGCCCUUUGCCGUCGGUGGCUGAAGGUCGAGAGACACACCAAGGAGCAGAUCCUGGAGCUGCUGAUCCUGGAACAGUUCCUGACAGUCCUGCCACCAGAGAUCCAGAGCUGGGUGAGGGAGCGUGGCCCAGAGACCUGCUCCCAGGCAGUGGCCCUAGCCGAGGAUUUCCUUCGGAGUCAGCGGGAGGCCGAGAGGCAGCAGAGGGACCAGGUGGACUUUGGCGAGGGGGCAGUGAAGCACCCUGAGGCAGAACAUGCUCCACUGCCUGGCCUGGAGCAGAGGCAGCUCUGCACAGAAACCAAGCAGGAGGAGGAAGAGGAGGAUGCCAGCCUGCUGGCAGGCAAAGGGUGGAUGGCUGUACCUGAGCAGGAGAGUUACAUGGCAGAAGAUUCAGGGCGAGUGGGACUGUGUGGGAUCUCCGUGUGGAAAGCAGAAGAGGUGGCUUCCCCAGGUUGUGUGCAGGAAAAUGCCCCUGCAAGCCAGGAGAAACCAGAGCCUCGGCAGGGGACUUGCCUGGGAGAGUCUGUCCCUUACGAGAGCGAUUACAAGGCCUUCAUUGUAACCACAGUCCAGACAGGAAUGGACCCUGGCAAAAAGCGAAGUGCCUGCAGAGCUUAUGGCAAAGGUUUCAGCCAGAGCUCAGGCAGGCUGAAAGGCUGCCACACAGGAGGGAAAGCACACAAAUGCUUGGCCUGUGGGAAAUUCUUUCUUUCUGGCUCAAAGCUCAUCAUCCAUCAGAGGACCCACACUGGGGAGAAGCCAUAUGAAUGCUCGGCUUGUGGGAAAACAUUCCGGUCCAGUUCUGUGCUUUACCGCCACCAGAGAAUCCACACUGGAGAGAAGCCACAUAAAUGCCCAGUCUGUGGAAGGAGAUUCAGUAGCAAUUCAAAUCUCAAUCGGCACCAGAGAAUCCACACUGGGGAGAAACCCUACAAGUGCUUGGACUGUGGGAAAAGCUUCAUUCAAAGAGCCAACCUUAAUAAGCAUCAUAAAAUCCACACUGUGGAUGGGAAAGGCGGGGAAGGUUUCAGCAUGAGCUGAAAGCUCGCGGCACAUGAUGAGAGGUGCACAUGCACAGAGGAGAAAGCGGCCUACAACAACGGAGGGUCAGUUCUGUUUCGGAACCUUAUUUCAAAGGAUGAGGACACACAAUGGGAUUCCAGAAGUCAGUCCUGAUGGCAUCUCUUGAGCUGCUUCCUGUUCUGGAUGCUUUGGUGAAAUGCAAGGCAGCAAAAAGAUGAUGUUGUGGUACUUCAUGGGAGCUCUCUAGUCCCUGGAUUCAUCACAUCAGGUGCUCAGCGUCAGGGGAAAUCCUUGGCAAGGACCAUUUUUGGCAGUAGGAUUUUGUAUAAUUACCAUAUAUCUGUGUGGUGAUACUUUGCACAAAGACAGAUUCCACAUCCUCUUGUGGGGCCCUCGGCUAGAUGCAGCUGUGGUUUGUGUGCCACAGCUGUGAAAGGCAAGGUGACUGCUGCCAGGUGCCAGGCAUUUUUGGCCGUUGCCCGUCUGGAUUGUCAGCUGCUUGGAGGACCGUGUAGCAAAAAUGGGGGCUGUGUGUGUUGUGAUCUUACAGAAUGCUGCUGCUUCCUGUGGCUGCUGGAGGGGAUCCUUUAUUCAGACCAUAUUACUCCAAUACUGUCCUGUCUGCACAGCCUGCUGGUUCAUUUCUGGACCUAAUUCAAAGUGCUGGUUACUAUAAAGCCAUAUCAGGUGUGGACCCAGGGUUUCUAACGGACUGCCUUCUUCUGCAUGACUCUGCCUGCUCACUAAGAUCAUCCCGAGAAGCUCUACUCCACCAUCUCAGGUUACAUUGGAGGGCACGCUGGUGGUCUUGGUGGUGGUGCCAGCCGCCUAAGCUGUGAAACCUCUUUCCCCAGGGACUGUGCCUGGUGGUCCUCUUGCUUUCCGCCUUUGGAAGGACUAGGAAGGCGGCCAUUUUGCGAAUGACCACUUGUGAUGUUGUCUGAUGCUCCACUGCUGUGCUCUUGGUUGCUGUUAUUUUUUGUGACAGGCUUUUUAAUGGCUGUUGAUUUAAUCAUUUUAAAAUUGAUUAUUUAUUUUAUGUUUUAUUUUAGGGCUGCUUUGGGAGUCAGUAAUGAACUGAAAAGCAACAAAUAAAUGCCUAUAAAUAUGAACUGCAGCCUGCGUGUGGGCGGCGGGGGGGAUUCCUCUUUAUGUAUUUAAAAUCUCUAUCCCACCUUGCCCCCCCCUCCCCCCGCCAAAAAAAAAAAAAAAUUGCUCAAGCUGGUUUAUAAUCUAAACACGUUCUUCAAGUUUGAACAAAAGAAAGAGGGGCAGGCACUGAUGACAGGAAAAUGCAACAUCCUCAGUGAAGUGCAGUUGCAGUCCAACUAAUAGUUGACUCCUUUGUUAGGGAAAAUUGUUCAACCGUUUGAGAGAAAACUGGUUUCCCUUGUGGCAUUCCGUUGAUAGAGAAGCUGCAUCUCUAGGAGUGGCUGGAGACGCAGACAUGAGAUCACCACCACCACAAUUCCCUGUCCCCAGGGGGCUCACAGUCUAAAAGGAAGCUCAAGGUGGACACCAGCAACAGCAGCCACUGGAGUGGGGCUGUGCUGGAGUCGGAUAGGGCCAGUUGCUCUCCCCCUGCCGAGAUCCACCACUUGAAAAGGUGCCUCUUUGCCUGGUUAGCGGCAGGGGGAGGUCCUCUAUUAGAGGUCAAAACUCCUCUAUUAAUGGAAUGCUAGAAGGAUGCAGUGGCCUCUCUUAAGAACUCACCAGUGUCUGGAAGCCCUUUGGGGCUAGAUGGGGGCAAACAAGCUGAAAGGCAAGGCAGAUAAGAUGAGUGGAAGUGCUCUGGGUUGGCAAAACUGGUGAUCCAAGUGGUGAGGUAAAUCUGGAGUUGGAUAGGGACACACUCCCCCGAGGGACAAAGUUCUCAGCCUGGGGUGACUCAUUUUUCAUGUGUGAGUCUAGUCUUAAUUGGGUCUAGUUUUUAAACUGAAUUUUAUCAAUUUUAUAUUGUUUUGUCGUCUUCAAGAGCCUCUCCCAGCACUGGCGGGGCUGGGGAUUCAAAUAUUUGAAAUAAAUCUUGAACAAGUUCUCCUGAGAGAGAUAUUGAAAUGCACUGGAUACAACUGGCAAUUAAAUUAUCGUUAGCUUUGUCUGUGGCAUUUCCCCCAAUGUUUGGGCUACAGCCUCACUCUUUAGGGUUCACAGCUUCAGUGUGAUUAAUAAAAAGAGGUUUGUUGUUGGUUUUGGCAAUAUUUUGUAGCACUUUGCUUUCCAAACUACUUCCCAGAGCAAGCCAAGAGAGCAGAGACCUCCCCCUCCACCAGCAGAUGGUACAAACAGCAGCCAAGGCCAGACCUGACCCCCACCCUAAAGUGGGUGUCAGGUGAAGGGGAACCAAAAGAUGGGCCUCAGAGCAGAGGGAGGCUUUCAGGGGGUGGAAGAAAUGUGGGGAAGUGGAGGGAGGGAGAUUCCCGAGGAUGUAUGGAGGGCCAGAACUGGAGGCAGUGAUGGACUGGGUGGAGUUUUGGUCUUUUUCUGCAAGGCAGAUCUUUGAUUCUUCUCUGAAAGGGGCAUUUGCAGCCAUCUGGCACAGCCUAUCAAUAAUCCCAUCUCUGGGGCAAUAACACCCAUUUAAAAUCAAGGACUGGAAUCACUGAAGAUUUAGUCUGUAUGUUUCCUCCAAAGGAGGAGUCCCAGUCUCCUCUCCCACCUGGGAGACAGGAAAAGCCCAACCAUCUGCAACUUGGAGGAAAGGAAGAGAUCUGCAGGUGACUGUUUUCAAUAUAUGAAGUCUCCUUUGAGAAGUGUGAGGCUCCCUUAAGGCAGGUGGUGGUAGUGAAUCCUCCAAAUUCCCGUAUACCUUGUGUUGGCUGACCCACUGAGUCAUGAGACCUUCACAACCCCUUUCUUAUGGGCCAGUUGAAAUCUCAUUAUUCAUUAGUGACAUCAGGCACCAGAUCAGGGAGGAAACACACCUCUCCUAAAGUUGUGCCAUCGAGUCGGUGUUGACUCCUGGUGACCCCAGAGCCCUGUGGUUGUCUUUGGUAGAAUACAGGAGGGGCUGACCAUUGUCUCCUCCUGCGCAGUAUGAGAUGAAGCCUUUCAGCAUCUCCUCUCCUAGGGAACAAAAAAUGUGCAAAUUGUAAUUGAGAAUCCCAGUUGGGGAAGAAUGGCAGACAGAAUCCACAGCCCAUUCCAUAGGAGUGCCUGGCCAGCGAAAAGCUGCAAUCGGCUACGUGCUGUGGGGAGAAAGGCUCAGGCAAUGACACACAUGUCAUUUAGGACUGACUGAUCCGAGGCACUCUUUCUCCCUUGGCCUUUUAUGUCUUUGGCCUUUUAUGUCUUUUUAUUUUAGCAGUGGAUGGGUGGGAGAGUAAGAAUGAGGGAGAGCCACUUGGCCUUUGGAAUCCAGAUGGUCAUAGGAACAUAGGAAGCUGCCACCUACUGAGUUAGACCAUAGGUCCAUCUAGCUCAGUAUUGUCUAUACAGACUGGCAGCGGCUUCUCCAAGUUUGCAGGCAGGAAUCUCUCUCAGGCCUAUCUUGGAGAUGCCGCCAAGGAGGGAACUUGGAACCUUCUGCUCUUCCCAGAGCGGCCCCAUCCCCUGAGAGGAAUGUCUUCCAGUGCUCACGUAUGGUCUCCCAUUCAAAUGCAACCAGGGCAAGCCCUGCUUAGCUAGGGGGACAAGUCACACUUACUAUUACAAGACCAGCUCUCCUCUCCUGAGCAAAGGAGAGGACCAAAGAGGCAAGGGGGAAAUCACAUGAGAAAUUGGAAGAAUAAAUCCAUUCUUUGUCAGGAUGUAGACGAAAUCUCCAUCCAGCAGGAGAAACAAAGACAAUAAGUUGACGUGAACUGCUAGCCCGUCUAUCCCUACAGGAUUUACAACCCCCGGAGAGAGAGAGUAAACAGAAAGCAGCAACGAAACUGGAUGAAGGAAAAUAAAAGGCUCGCAAAGAAAACAGUAAAUGAAUUAAGUCCCCUGAACUGAAACUGGGUACCCCCCUGUAACAAUAACUUGAGUAAUAAGUGGAAGAAAAGACAAAACAAGGAAUGAAACAAGCGAAGGACACAGAGCAAGGAAUUAAGGGAACAAUACAGGGAAGUACAGACAAGACAAACUGGAACACGGAAAAGAUAUAAUUCCAAGAGCACAGUAUCUGCUGCCAGCGAAGUUGCAAACAGCAACUCAGCCAUGAGAGACUGUUGAAUAUAUAAGGCUCAACAGAACCGGGAACCAAUCAGGCUUCCCUGAGUCAGCAGUUUGGCUUUCUUCCCUGUUAUCUCCUGCACCUGCACCUGCGUGAGUCCUUCUGAGCCUGCCUCUUGAUACUUCGUCUCACUCUAGGUGGCAUCCCAGGCUCUUCCAUGUCAGAAUUCAAGUCUGGCAGCUGUUGAGAAUCCUCAGGUCCCGAGUCUGGUUUCUCUGCCAAAUCUUGCUGCUGUGGCUCACUAGCAGGCGAGUCUUCCUGCUCUGAGUCUUCUGAUUCCGAAGUCUGAGCCAUGACAUGUUGUGUCUCAUGCUCACUGGAGAAACUGUAUAUAUGCUUGGAGUGUGGAAAGAGUUUCAACUGUAGCAAAAAUCUUACUUCCCAUCAAAGAACUCACACUGGAGAGAAACCAUGUAAAUGCUUGGUGUGUGGAAAGAGCUUCAGUCAGAGAACAGACCUUACUUAGGCAUCAGCAAAUUGACAUGGGAGAAACAAUAUGAAUAUCCAGAAUGCAGAAAGAGCUUUUGUUAUAUAGCAAACCUGAAAAACCAUCAGAGAAUCCACACAGAGGAUAAACUUAAGUGUUUUGUGUGUGGAAAGAGCUUGCGUCAAAGCACAAUGCUUCCUUCACAUCCAAGAAUCCACAAAAGGCAAGAAGCUCCCAUAUGAACUUCCCCAUACGCUUAGGUCAAAAAGUGUGUUCAUUGGCCCAGGCUUCUGAAGCUCAGAAGAUAGUGGCAUGAAGCAGGGACUUCUCAGUGGACAUUCCUGUGUGGAACUUCCUGACAAUGGCUUUGCGGUUCAGUGGUGACUUUUAUUGGAUAGUUCUAACCACAUGUUUUAUCUGGAUGGUGUUAAUUAUUUGAGGUUUCAUUGCAUAAUAUUUUAUGUAAAUAGCUUUGUGGAUACUGCUGGAUUGAAAAGUGUGAUAGAAAUUAAAUGUUUAUAAAAUAAAAUAUGUAUAAAUGC